AAUGGAUUCUGAGACACAUCUUUUCUCUUCAGUAUUUUCGAACCAAUCCAUACGUUCCUCUGAUUUUUAGUUUUCUCGUGAGUACCAGCGGUUAUCAGUGAACUUAAAAAAAAUUAAAAAAGCGGCGGUUUUCUCAUCUGAAAAUGGCCUCUUUCACGUCGCGCACAGCCAACUAGAGGGUUUUCAGGGCAACGAACGAAGUACUAUGCGAUUUGUGAGCGUGCGGACUCUCCGCUGAGCGAAACGAACUCCCGAAAGUGCGUCGAGUGCCAUGCGCGAUGGAGUCGCUGCAGCCGGCGAAGGCGACGCUGUGCUGGGCGGUGCUGCUGCUGCUGCAGCUGCUGCUCGCCACGACGUCCGCGGAGGCAGCACACACGUACGGAAAACCCAGUCGUUACUUGAACCCAGAUCAAGAGGACUUGCAACCGCAGUUCGAAGAAACGCCCACAGACAUCCAGGCACUCGUUGGUCAAACAGUCAUCCUGCCGUGCAACAUUAUCGAUCUGGGCGACAAGGUGGUGUCGUGGAUUCGGACCCGAGACCUGCACAUCCUCACGUCCGACCUGUUCACGUUCACCUCGGACGACCGCUUCGGGGUGCUGCACACGCCCGCGUCCCGGGCGUGGAACCUGCGCAUCAUGGGCGCCAAGCAGGCCGACGAGGGCAAGUACGAGUGCCAGGUCAACACCGACCCCAAGAUGAACCGCGCCGUCUUCCUCAAAAUUCGCGGUAACGAAUGGCUGGAAGACCGACCUUACGGACCGCAUGAUCCUGGGGGCUCCGACAAGGCCCCGGCGGGGCUGCCCAUCCUGCGGCAAGCCAAGGUGCUGGGGGCGGCGGAGCAGUUCGUCUCGCUGGGCAGCACGGUGACCUUCACCUGCCUGGUGGCGGCGCCCUACCCCAGGGGCUCCCCGCCGCACACCGUCGUCUGGCUGCACCGCAACCGCGUCGUCUCCAUUCAGGCGGAGCGGGGCGGCAUCAGCAUGGCGACGGUGACGACGGAGUCGCAGACGACGAGCCGGCUGACGGUGGCGCACGUGGGGCCGGCGGACGCGGGCAACUACACCUGCGCGCCGGGCAGCGGCAUCGUCCCGCCACCGUCGCGCUCGUCGUCACCGACGGAAGACAAUGAGGAAAAGCACAGCGAUGAACCUUGGAGUGGUGGUUACGACAUCUGGAGGAAGAGACGAGCCAGAUUACUCGAAGCUAAAAUCAUGCCGCUGAUGCAUGGGGAUUAUUUUGCAAUCGACUUCAUGCUUAUUGACAUCUCAACGUGUCGCAGCUCAGGUGGCGAGCGAACGGAAGCCAUGCAACGUGACGGCUUGCACUCCGGCGCUGCGCCCAUCGCCCGCAUGGCAGCGCUGCUGCUGCUGGCGGCCUUGGCUUCGUCUUCGUGGCGCCAGACCACGUGACGGCAGGUCUCCGUGAAAUACUUUGUGUAGCCCCCCUCCGUCGCCCCGGGAGCGGCCGGCCGUGGUUUUCUUGCUUGCCGCUCCCAGUGACAAGCCCAGGCCUUCGAGGGCAGCCUUCUCACGACGACUGUCCCAGCGGAAAGUGUUUCCCUUCAUCCACAACCUCGUACGAAGCCCUCAAAGACACUUCCCCUGGCGCCAGAGCGAACUGGUUUCUGAUUCACAACCCUUUUGCAGUGUUUCUGUAUACGAUAAGGACUGACUCUCUCAUAUGAAGAGAGACUUAAGUGAAAAAAACUAUUUUCAAAGGAUCGCAGAUGACUAAAAUGAUGAAUUGUGGCGUUCGAUAAAGACGGGUAUUCCAUCUGUUUCUGUUUAUUUCAGAAACAUUGAGAUGGAGUUACUUUUUUAUUAAUUAUUUACGACGUAACAAGUGUACAGGUAAUAUAUUCCAAUAUAUUCCGUUUUACGUAUUCAGAAUGUAAAAAAAAAUACGCAAUGUCUUUUUGUGAACACAACAAAUAUUUGUGAUAGUACUAAAUUAUAUUUUAAAAUAUUUUCGUACAUAAUACAUUCUCAAUUUUUAAAUUUUCAAGAUUCAACGCAUUUUCCAGUUUUAAGCAUAUACAACAAAGUAAUCAACUCUUGAAAAUUGUCUGUAAAUUUUUGUUUAGUUUCACUUGCAUGCUACGUUUGGUGAUAGUAAAAAAGUUUAGCAAUAUAUUGUCAUAUGUUUAUGAAUAUCUUUCAAUAUUUAUGUAUAUUAUUCGAGAAAAUAACUUUUUUAUUUUGUAAAGACAUUAAGGUGUAUUGGUUCCAUAGAAACAUUGUUAUAAUCCAUGUAUAAUUUUUGUAUAUGCAUUUUGUUUAUUUCUUGUAUAUAAGGAAAAUAAUAGUUAAUUACAAAG